AAUAAACUCUUCCUCAUAAUCCCACAGCCAAUUCGAAAUACAAUUAAAUAUAUAAAUAAAAUAAAUUGAACUCCUACCCGAGGUUUCUUUUACAAAUUUAUUUUAUUUAAUUUAUUUGAAAAAUAACAAAUAAUAGUAAUAAAUGAGGAUGUCUACAAAUGUCAAAGUGUUGGUCUCUCUAGUUCUUGUAGUGUUAUUGGCUCUUGCAGCAACCAAUAUUGAGGCAAGAUACAUAAAUUAUCGCGAUCUUCGUAGUGGAGAUCACAGUUUGUCUUGCGAUAAAGGGAAUCCUAGCACCUGCACGAAGCAAGAAGUCAAUCGUUACCAAAGAGGAUGCGAGACGGCUGAUCGGUGCCGUGAAUCUGGUUAAUUUAUACAGAUGAUAACCGAAGAGCAUAUUCAUGCAUCAAAUUAGUUUCCUAAUUAUUAUAAUAGAUUGACAGGCUUCUAACUUGGAGAACAAAUCUUGGUUAGUUUGUACAAAUGCAAUCCUCAUAUUGAUUUGAGAUGAUCAAAUUGAUUUCGUUAGUAUUUAAUUAGUCUCUUAUUAGUUUUGUAUUAUUUUAACACAAUGAUGUUACGAUCAAACAAAUAUAAAUAUGUUGCUCCCUGUUUAAACUAAA